GCAUCUUCGGGAAAGCACUACCCUUGUCCGCCAGUUUGUGGACGAUUGUGAGAGCAAUGGGGAUUUCCUUCGAAGGCAUCUCGAGAGUCGUGCACGCCGAGUCGGAUGCGCCCGCGAUGCUCCAUGCGAUCGUGGACUCGUGGAGCACCUUAUGUUGCUUCGACUAAGGCCGGUCACAACAAGCCCCACGGCUGGGAAUAAGCUUAUCCGACAGACACGCCUUGAGUACAUCAACCCAGAACGUAUCAACGUCGACCCCAUCGCGGUUUUAGACAUGAUCGCCAAUUGGGCCCAAGUGCCCUACCAAACCAUCGUGGACUGGGGAGUCAGACUCUUCACCCUCCUCGACGCCCUUGGCCACCCCAUCUCGGACUAUGCCCUUGUCCGGGUUGGUAACGCCCCCUUUACCGACUUCGACGCGGCGGCGUACGAGAACUAUAUCCACGCCCACGGAGAGGUCGUCAUUUAUACCUCGAAUUUCCUAGAGUGGGACGAGCUCCGGGGUCGGCCCGAAAGAAUGUGGUGGUCGGAUAUAAUGGCGGGCUCCUGCGACGAGGUAGUUACGGACCGAUACGGGACAAGCAUGAAGGGGGUUCGCGCCAUUUGGCGCGUUAACAUCGUGAACCCUGAGACAUCGGGUCUCAUUGCCUCUUUAUAUUUCUCCGGCUCAGGUGGCGCCGCUGGGCCGGACAGCAGCAGCAGGAAAAGCACGAGCUACAGCAGCAGCACCAGCAGCACCAGCAGCACCAGCACCAGCACCAGAAACAGCAGCAGCACCAGCAGCACCAGCAGCACCAGCACCAGCACCAGAAACAGCAGCAGCACCAUCAUCACC